UUGGGGCGGUGGCCGCGCGUCCCAGACCCCAGCGGUUGUGCAGAGAUGGCCGGGCCAGGCGGCUCAGGGGGCCCGAUUGGGGCCGGAGCCCUGGUAGGCGGCGUGCGGUCCAAAGUGGCCCCAAACGUAGACUUUGAUCACAGUUGUUCGGACAGCGUUGAGUACCUGACGCUUAAUUUUGGGCCCUUCGAGACUGUGCAUCGUUGGCGCCGCCUCCCGCCCUGCGAUGAGUUCGUGGGCGCUAGGCGCAGCAAGCACACCGUGGUAGCUUAUAAAGAUGCCAUCUAUGUUUUUGGAGGAGACAACGGGAAGACGAUGCUGAAUGACCUGCUACGCUUCGACGUGAAGGACUGCUCCUGGUGCAGGGCUUUCACAACUGGGACGCCACCAGCUCCCCGCUACCACCACUCGGCCGUCGUCUAUGGGAGCAGCAUGUUCGUCUUCGGGGGCUACACCGGAGACAUUUACUCGAAUUCCAACUUGAAAAAUAAAAACGACCUGUUUGAAUACAAGUUUGCAACUGGCCAGUGGACGGAGUGGAAGAUUGAAGGACGGUUGCCAGUUGCCAGGUCCGCACAUGGCGCCACCGUGUACAAUGACAAGCUCUGGAUCUUCGCCGGCUAUGACGGCAACGCCAGAUUGAACGACAUGUGGACCGUCGGCCUCCAGGACCGGGAGCUCACAUGCUGGGAGGAGGUGGCCCAGAGUGGCGAGAUCCCCCCUUCCUGCUGUAACUUCCCUGUGGCCGUGUGUCGAGACAAGAUGUUCGUGUUCUCGGGCCAGAGCGGGGCCAAGAUCACCAACAACCUCUUCCAGUUUGAGUUCAAGGACAAGACGUGGACUCGGAUCCCCACAGAACACCUGCUCCGGGGCUCCCCGCCGCCCCCACAGCGGCGCUACGGGCAUACCAUGGUGGCCUUCGACCGCCACCUCUAUGUGUUCGGGGGCGCAGCCGACAACAAGCUGCCCAACGAGCUGCACUGCUAUGAUGUGGACUUCCAGACCUGGGAGGUGGUGCAGCCCAGCUCGGACAGCGAGGUUGGCGGGUCGGAGUUGCCAGACCGAGCGUCUGCCUCUGAGGAGGCCUCAGCCCUGGCUCCCGAGGAGCGGGGCGGCUUUAAGAAGUCCCGGGAUGUGUUCGGCCUGGACUUUGGCCCUAUGACAGCCAAGCAGCCCACCCAGCCUGCCUCGGAGCUGCCCAGCGGGAGGCUCUUCCACGCGGCCGCCGUCAUCUCUGAUGCCAUGUACAUCUUCGGGGGCACCAUGGACAACAACAUCCGCAGCGGGGAGAUGUACAGGUUCCAGUUUUCUUGUUACCCCAAGUGCACGCUGCAUGAGGACUAUGGGCGACUGUGGGAGAGCCGCCAGUUCUGCGACGUGGAGUUCGUCCUGGGUGAGAAGGAGGAGUGCGUGCAGGGCCACGUGGCCAUCGUCACGGCCCGGAGCCGCUGGCUGCGCAGGAAGAUUGCGCAGGCUCGAGAGAGGCUGGCCCAGAAGCUGGAGGAGGAAGCCGCCCUGGGCCCGGGGGAGGCUGCUGGCGGGGUCGCGGGGGUCGGCCGGCCCCCGCUGCUGCCUGUGGCCAUCCCGGAGGCCGAGGCCCGGCCCUUCGAGGUGCUCAUGCAGUUCCUCUACACCGACAAGAUCCAGUACCCGCGCAAAGGUCACGUGGAGGACGUGCUGCUCAUCAUGGACGUGUACAAGCUGGCCCUGGGUUUCCAGCUGUGCCGGCUGGAGCAGCUGUGCCGGCAGUACAUCGAGGCCUCCGUGGACCUGCAGAACGUGCUGCUUGUGUGCGAGAGCGCCGCCAGGUUGCAGCUGGGCCAGCUGAAGGAGCACUGCCUGAACUUCGUGGUGAAGGAGUCCCACUUCAACCAGGUGAUCAUGAUGAAGGAGUUCGAGGGCCUCUCGUCCCCACUCAUUGUGGAGAUCGUGCGGCGGAAGCAGCAGGCACCCUCGCGUACCCCUUCAGAUCAGCCUGUGGACAUUGGAACAUCACUGAUCCAGGACAUGAAGGCCUACUUGGAGGGGGCGGGGGCGGAGUUCUGUGACAUCACGCUGCUGCUGGAUGGGUCCCCGAGGCCAGCCCAUAAGGCCAUCCUGGCUGCCCGCUCCAGCUACUUUGAGGCCAUGUUCCGCUCCUUCAUGCCCGAGGACGGGCAGGUGAACAUCUCCAUCGGGGAGAUGGUGCCCAGCAGGCAGGCCUUCGAGUCAAUGCUGCGCUACAUCUACUACGGCGAGGUCAACAUGCCGCCCGAGGACUCUCUCUACUUGUUUGCUGCUCCAUACUACUACGGCUUCUACAACAACCGGCUGCAGGCUUACUGCAAGCAGAACCUGGAGAUGAACGUGACGGUGGAGAAUGUGCUGCAGAUCCUGGAGGCCGCCGACAAGACGCAGGCACUGGACAUGAAGCGCCACUGCCUACAUAUCAUCGUGCACCAGUUCACCAAGGUCUCCAAGCUGCCCACACUACGGUUGCUGAGCCAGCAAUUGCUGAUUGACAUCCUUGACUCCUUGGCCUCUCACAUCUCUGACAAGCAGUGUGCAGAGCUGGGCGCAGACAUCUGAGGCCCCCACGAGGCAGGCACUAGCCGAUGGGGCAAGAGUGGCCCAGAGACCCCGAAGAGAGCUGAGGGGUGUGUGUGUGUGUGUGUGUGUG